AUGUCCAACGAUAGCUCUUAUCCGAGUUUCACAAGCUUUGUAAUAAAGAUGUGGAUUCAUUUUGAGGAUGAAUCAGAUCCCGUAAAGUUGAAAGCUGAUCUAUCUCAGGUUGCAGACUUGAACGAUCUCAAGGAUAUUCUCAGGAACGAGUUCAAAGAGUUAAAGGAUAUCAAAAAUCAAAAAAUCGUAUUCUUAGAUAACAAUAGCACACCUCUUUCACCAGAUACUCGCUUACAAACUCUAGUAGACAGUACAACGGCUAAAGCACCACUUAUUGUUCGUUACCCGCUCUCAAAUGCAAACAGUAUUGGCUCUCUAAGUUUACUAAGAGAAGAAGUCGUAAGAAGGUUUAACGAGUUACAAACGGAAGAAUCCAUUUCUCAAUCUGAGAAUUUAUCUUCAGUUAAUGCAUCCAA